CAGUGUUCCCGCCCAUUUGAUAAGCUACAGUAAUCGGAAAAUUUGGACUGCACAAUCCAAUAAAAAAAACUGGCGAAGCUUCCCUCAUACUCUUAAGGAUUCCGAGUGAAUAUUGGAUAUUGGACUCCGUAUUUUAUUAGAUGUACGAAGAGAGCGUGUAGAGAAUUCCGCCGGAUCAGCAGAGAUUGACCUUCUUCGGGAAGCAGCUUGGAGACAGCCGGACCCUUGCCGAAUACAACAUCUAAAAAGAGUCUACUCUGGAUCUCAUCACCAGGCUGUUUAGAUCCAGAAUGUUUGAUCAAGGGAAGGAGAUAUUGAGUUCGGUUGCCGUUGAUGAUAGUCUUAGUAAACACCCAGUGUCGGAGAUAGCAGAUUUAGCGAGGGAGAACAACAGGGAGAAUCCCGAGAUGGUUGUAAAGCUGCUGGAUGCAUUAUUUAGGGUUUAUGUCUAUCACAUGAAGCUCAAGGAAGCCAUUGAGAAGAUGGUGGAUGCAAAUUUGAAGAUCACGGUUUAUUCAACGACUAUGGUAAUUGAUGGAUUGUGUAAAAUGGGAAGAGUAGAUGAAGCAAGAAGAUUGUUGCAGGAUAUGAUGAUUCGUAGAGGCGUGAAACCUAACGAACAUACUUAUAACACGUUAUUGAAUGGAUAUGUGAAGCACUCGGAUCUUGGCGCCGUGAAUGAUAUCUUAAAUGAGAUGAAGAAGGAAGGAAUCCAGAUGAAUACCACAAGCUACACAGUUCUAAUAGAAGGUUAUUCAAAGUUGAGAAGAUUUGAAGAAGCAGGGGAACUUUUUGGAGAUAUGGAAAAGAGAAACAUAGAAGCAGAUGCUCAUGUCUACACUGCUGGAAUGGCAAUUGGCAUCGUUGGUGACGCCGGUGUUAGAGCUAACUCACAACAGUCAAAGCUCUUUGUUGGGAGUUAAAGCUGUAAUCACUAAGAGCUUUGAGAGGAUACACCGAAGUAACUUGGUGGGGAUGGGCAUUAUUCCUUUAUGUUUCAAGGCUGUAGAGGAUGCAGAGACACUGGGAUUGACAGGUAAGGAGCGCUACUCCCUGAGAGUGAAAGUACAGAAGCUUUGCCGGCCAGUCUAGAGCAGACUAGAGGAAGGAAGAACAUGCCCAAAUGCUUCGGUAACUUUUGUUGUGGUCAAGGCUUUUGCUGUUACGAUAAAGCAUCUGGUGGUUUUCAAAAAAAGGGGCUGUUUUAGGAUGCAGUGAUGAACAAAGAAAACAAUUGUAGACGG